UCGUUAGAAACACAUUCAUUUCUUAUUCUUGUCUUUUUGGCAUGUCCAUAAUUCAUCUGAGUCUUUAGAUUUCAAAUAUGCUCAUUUUAUCAGCAACUGUUUUCUUCCUUCUGUGCCAUGAAAGCAAGACCAACCUUCUACCAGUUGUCUUCAAUUUAAUAAACAUUCAUAGAGUUGGAAAACACUAACUGCAGCAAAACAUCAACAAAGUUAUGCAAAUAGAGACACAUUUGAGAGUAACAACUAACAUUUGCACCAGCUCUGGCCGAGGCACUUAGGGACAGGGUGUUUGGUGUGGAUGAUUCUGAGAGACAAUUGCAUAUAAUUUACCUUGCCAAUGACAUUCUAUUUGACAGCUUGCAGCGUAGGAUCAACCCUCAUGAGCUUGAUAACGAGGCACUUGCAUUCAAUCAUGUUUUAGGUUCCAUGCUUGCCAGGAUUUACCACAACCCUCAAAACAAGGAGGAAAAUCAAUCACGAUUGCAGAAAAUCUUAUAGUUCUGGGCUUCCAAGGAAGUCUAUGAUCAUGUCACUAUUCAUGCGCUUGAGAAUGAGAUGAUUGGAAGCGGAAAAACUUACACUAUGAAGCCAUUGCCCCUUAAGGCCUCUCGAGAUAUCUUGAAGCUGAUGCACCAUACUUACUGGAACCAAGGCUUUCAGUUGUUUUUCAGCUUCUUUGAGAUAUAUAUAUAUGGAGGAAAACUUUUUGAUCUCCUCAGCGAUAGGAAGAAACUUUGCAUGAGAGAGAAUGGUAAACAUCAAGUUUGCAUUGUUGGUUUGCAACAGUGCAAAGUGUCAGAUGUGGAGACAAUCCAGGAGCUCAUAGAGAAAGGAAAUGCUACAAGAAGUGCAGGCAUAACCGGUGCAAAUGAGGAAUCAUCACGUUCACAUGCCAUUCUUCAACUUGCUAUUAAAUGGUCAGCUGAUGGCAGUGAAUCUAAGCCUCCGAGAGUUGUUGGCAAGCUCUCCUUCAUAGAUCUUGCUGGAAGUGAAUGAGGUGCAGAUACUACUAAAGGAGAUGAACCUGUUGGUUGAGGCAGAUCAACCAGGAAAUCAGUUGGAUGAUUAUAUAUCUAGAUUGAAUGCAAUCCUAUCCCAGAAGGUUGCUGGCAUUCUACAACUACAAAACCGUCUGAU